UUAUUUUUUAUUUUGUGGUUUUCCUGUUGAUCGGUUUAUGAGAGUCUGAUCUGCUGCUGAUUGAGAGGUUAAGUUUCUGAAAUGAAAUGAGAGCUUAAUCCUCUAUUCUACUUUUGAUGGUUAGCCGUACCAAGUUUCAUUGUCGAGAUAUUAAAUAUGGAACAUUUUUUAGGUCAGCUGAUGUUCAUCAGUAUGAGUUUACAGAGGGCGGUUCCUAGAUCACUGAGCGUGUCCUCGGUAUCAGGUGAUGUUGUUCGCCAGCAUAUAAUCAGCUGGGGAUUGUCUCAUUGUGCAGGGUCAUCUCCAAGCAAUGAUUUAAAUGCCACUCGUGCAUGUUUAAGCAAUGGUUAAUUAAUACGAAUUGAGCUGUGAGGGCGGUAGAAGGGAGACAAUGAAUCAACAUUGCAGAUGUAGCAGUUAGAUCUGGAUCAAGAUCUUGCUCCUUCUGCUAAAAAUUUCAAUAGUGAUAGGAUUCCUCUUGUCUCCCCGACUCCGGGAUAUAUAUUUGAUACAUCAAGAUGAAGGCAAAGCACCAAACAUCAACUUGUUCUCUUCUCUCAAGUUCUAAAACUUCCCUGCUCUUGGAAAAUCUUGAAAAAUGGCUUCAUCUUCUUCUUCAAAUGCAUUCCGUCAUGCCCGUUCCAACAGCUUGCCCUCUAGAGCUCAUCCAGUAAUUUCAAAGCUCGAUGAGGCCUUAAGCGGCCUAAGAACUUCUGAAACAACCUGCUCAUCAUCCUCAUCUGUGACCUGCAAGGUAAAUGACCUGCAAGAUCUGCACGGAUGCGUGGAUCAGCUGCUGCUGCUGCCGCUUGUACAACAAUCCUUCACCCAGGAGUGGCACUCAAGGUGGGCUGAUGAGCUUCUAGAUGGUUCUCUCUGGCUCUUGGACUUGUGCAGCACUGCUAAGAACAGCCUCUUGCAGUCAAAGGAAGCCUUGCAGGAACUCCAGUCGAGCAUGCGUAGAAGAAAGGCAGGUGAGAGCAUGCUCGACAAUGAGAUCCAAAAGUAUUUGAGUGUGCGGAAGUCGGUCCGGAAGGCGAUGAAGAAGGCCAUAUCGUGCUUGAAGGCUAGGAAAGAUGAUUCCACAUCUUCUGCUCUUAUCAAAGACGAUGAAGCCGCAGCUUUUGUUACAUUAUUAAAAGAAGUCGAAGGAGCAACAACUGCUGUCUUCGAAUCGGUUUUCUGCUUAAUCUCUGGUGCAAGGCAACCCGGAUCGAGCAGUGCCUGGUCCUUUAUUUCCAAGGUGACACUCAAGAGACGAGCUGCAUCUUCGGAAGUGGAUCUGAACGGGUUCAACAAGCAAGAUAUGGCCUUGGAGUCUCUGAUGAGCCACAAGACGGGCAAAGUUCACGACCUCACACAAGUCCAGCAAUUGCAGGACGGUCUGAAGAAUCUCAAUCUCGACAUCCAAGAUCUCGAGGAAGGACUCGAGAGCCUUCACAGGAGGUUGAUUAAAAGCAGAGUUUCCCUUCUAAACAUCAUCAACCACUAGCAUCCUCCAAAUUGUUAGCAAAAGAAGUGUACAUAAACAGAACAGACAUGUAUAAUUCUCGUAUAUAGUCAAAUGAAAAAGUUUUGCUCCUUUACUACUACAAACAACGUCUUCAGCUGCCUACCUCUAUUAACAUCGGACUCUGUUUUGAUUGAAACUCUUUCAGACAGCAAUGGUGAAAUUAAGCUGUUGGAACUGAAUCGAAGAAUGCCUGGCAUAAAAGAAACCCGUGCAUAAGGCAUCAGACUUGAAUGAUACA